CAUUCAUUGGAUCGUUACACACAUACACACACAAACAAUCAACGUAAUUUUAAUUAAGAAACGAAAUUCAAAUUCCUCUCAUUUAUAAAACGAUAUAAAAAAAAACAAUCAUGUGGCUAGAAACAUUGAAAGCUUAUUUGGAACAUUAUUAUUAUUAUUAUUUCAAUCAACAACCGAAACAAAAACAAUCAUUACUGGAAUCAUUCGAAAUGUUUUCAAUGGCAAAUACAACCGUACAUUAUUUAUCAUACAUAUUAUUUGGUAUAAGCAUAUUCAUUAUAAAAGGCUAUAUUUCUUUCUAUAUUCUUGCUUGUUGUCAUGAAAUACUUGAAGAUCAUCGUGAAGGUACAAUAAAUGCACGUAGUAAAAGUGUUCAUCUAAUGAUAUCAUUAUUAAUGUUAACAUUAACAUUUAUCGGUCUUUAUGGUGUUUAUACAUUUCAUUUUGGUCUAAUAUUAACGUGGCUAUUAUUGAAACCAUUCGUACGGAUAUUGGAAUUAGAAUCACCAACAUGGACAACAUUUGUUAUGAUUAUAGUGGCUAUGGGUUCAACUAUUUGUUAUAAUACAUAUGAUAAAUUUGAUAAUUAUACAUCAUCUCCUCUAUUUUGAACAAUUUUUCAUCUCAAGUCGAAAAAAAAUGAAUGUGAUAUAAUACUUAAUGUGUACACUGGACAUAUUGAUGACCACACACACACACACAACAUAAUUUAUUGUUGAAAUGAAUAAUUUUUUUGUUGUUACAAUUUGUUACAA